AUGACAGGUUCAAUAGCACCGCUGUCGGAAGAUAUAGCACAAACUAAUGAUGCGUUUACUGGGCUAGCCGGAGUCGCUGCUUCUGAAAUCGAAGAGCAGCAACAGGAUCUCAAAAGAUCGCCAUAUGGGUCUACAACGUUUACUUCGAAACCUAGCGACAGCAAUGUCCAGGUCGUCACGAAUGUGGUUCUAGAGGAGAACGAAAAUGAGAACACGGCACUGAGAGGUGGCCAGAAGCCAGUACUUUCAAACGCCAAAAUUCAGAUUAUCAUGACAUCCAUGUAUCUUGGCAUUUUUUUGGCUGCGCUCGACGGAACAAUCGUUUCGACGCUGAUGACACACAUUGCAUCCGAAUUUCAGGCUUUGCCAAACAUCUCGUGGAUCGCCACAGGUUAUUUACUGUCUACGACAUGUUUUCAACCGCUUUACGGCAAAAUAUCUGACGUGCUCGGUCGUAAACCAUUGCUUGUCUUCAGCAACGUCGUUUUCGGCCUGGGAUGUCUACUUUGUGGAUUUAGCAACAACUUGUGGUUUUUGGUUGCCGGUCGUUUCGUGACCGGAAUUGGGGGCGGCGGUUUAACUUCUUUGGCCAGCAUCACGACUAGUGACAUUGUGCCUUUGCGUGAUCGUGCGUUGUAUCAGGGAAUGUGUAACGUGUUCUUCGCCAUAGGCACUAGUUGUGGUGGACUGGUGGGAGGUUUUUUUGGCGAACACGGUGGCGGAUGGAGAUUAGCCUUUUUGAUUCAAAUCCCAGUCUGCAUAAUAAGUUGCGUGCUGAUAAUCACAUACCUGGAUCUACCACCAUUGCGUUCGUAUGAGGCCAGCUGCCAAUCCUACGCGCAAAGGUUGAAAAAUUUAGACUGGCAGGGAGCUGUAACGUUGGUUACAUUUCUGUUUCUCUUCAUGCUCACCUCGUCUCUAGGUGGCAAAGAGAUUCCAUACGACUCGAAACUUUUCUCCCUGAUGUGCGUAUUCACAGUCAUCUCCGGAGCUUUGUUUGUUAUUGUCGAAAUUUAUAUGACGUCCGAUCCUAUUUUGCCUGUGUCGUUUUUGAAAGAUAGAUCAGUGUCUGCUGGCAGCUUGGCAAAUUUCUUCUGCGUCAUGGGUAUGAUCACAGUCAACUUUUACUUGCCCGUUUACUGGUCAAGUGUGCUGAACAUAGGUCCGACCGAUGUAGGCAAAAGAGCGUUACCAAGUUUUUUCAGCAUUGCUUUUGGGUCCUUGGGUGCUGGCUAUUACAUGAAACGUACGGGAAAGUACUAUUGUUUUACACUAGGAGGUUGUUUGAUAGCAGUUUUGGGCCUCAUCCAGGUAAACUCUGUGAGCGCUUCGAUGCCGGUAUGGCAACAAUACAUGUUGCAAGUGGUUCCUGGGCUCGGGGUGUCUAUUUUAAUCACAGUAACAUUACUGGCUAUGAUUGCUGCGGUGCCACAUGAGCACCAAGCUGCGACUACCUCAAUCUCCUAUGCUUUCAGAUCGACAGGAUGUACACUGGGUGUUUCCAUUGGCGCAGCUAUAUUCCGCAACACUUUGAACACUUUAUUGAAUUCCAAAGUGUUGAAGCUAGUCUCUGAACAACAUUCUGAAGCGGAGUUGAGAAGCAUUAUUUCCAAUGCAGCCCACUCUGCAGAAUGGAUUCAUAAAGGUGCUCCAGUAUUUGUGCGCGCCACUUUGGUAGAAUGUUACCACUUUGCAUGCAGAGCUACUUUCAAGUUUUGUCUAUUUGUGACUAUACUGGCCACGAUUAGUUGCUGCUUCAUUAAGGAGCACAGGUUGCACACGUCUAUUGAACGGGACUAG